AUGUCGACAGCAUCUACCCAAUCCCGAGGAGUCAACCGACGGAUUAACAGCCUCCAAAAUGAGGGUCGCCAUUCGCGCAACUCCUCUUUAUCACGGCGUCGCCCCCUAAGCGCCAACGUGGCAUACAGUCAUGCCAUUCGGGUCGCCUACCUUGCCUACCUCCUCAACCCUCGCUCUCGUCGCAUCCAAAAUGCCCCCGUCGCGCCGGCGCGGCCAAAACGAUCAGUCACCAUGCAUGAUUUAAUGAGCGAUUUCUCCUUGGUCAGAGACUCCAAAAGCACUAGGAUUCCCCAUGGCUUCGUGUCCGAGCUGGAAAAGCGGUUGACAGGUGUGUUGAUGGGAAAGGAGAAAAGGAAGGAAUAUCAAGAUCACCUAGUGGUGCGGACAUUCGCUGUCUUUCUCAAUGUUCUGAAGGAGGACUCGUUCCGAAAACGCAUGGAAAAGGACCGCCGAGCUGAAGAUCUGCUCCUGAUUUUCUACUCCAAUGCAGUCAAAGAGAUGGGCAAGGGCAAAGAGCAGGAUGAUGAUAGCUGGAAGUUCAUGGUGGAUCGACAUGUUGCGCUUUUUGUCCGACUCCUUGCUCUCACCUUGAAGGAUCACGAGUGGUCCAAGGACCGCCCAGAGUUGGCCAAUCGAUUAACGGUGCUGGAAAACAAGCUUCUCCUACAAGAUCAGGACCUCAUGCAAACGAACGGGCCUACUUCUACAACAGAGAGUGUUGGCGUAUUGAGCUAUAACGUGAAGGAUAUGCCCCUGGUUCAACAUGUGGCCAAAAUCUUUGGGAUGACCACAUCCGAAGCACAGGCCGAGAUCGAUAAACACAAGUCCACCUGGACCGAAAAGGCUGCUCUGCAGGACCUAAAGACCUACCAAGCCCAUUUGAACCUCCAGACGCACAAAACCUUGUCAAGAGAUGAUUUUGAGUCGGACGAGGGUUAUGAUGGCUGGAAAAAGAGCGAAGGCCCCGAUCUCUCACAGAUGAUGCUCGCAAUCAUGCAAUCCAACCCCGACCUAGCCAAAAGCACACCAGGGUCUCUUCCUCAGUUUAAUUCUAGUCAUGAGAAUCCCGACUUGUCAAGGACAUCGUCUGGUCGUCCUGACAGAACAUCUUAUGUCAUUGAUCAGCCACUUGAUUUGAGUGGGCUUUCUCUAGAACAGUCAGAUGAGUCCGAUACAUACACAUUCAUACCGUCUGACCCUAGGUCUUUGUACAAAUACAUCUUGGCCCAGACCUUGACCCAUGAUCUGCGGGACAGGGAGUUUGAAGCUACGCAAGCCAAAUCUGACGUACCUUCAAUGAAACUGCUGUCGAAGCAAUCCACGGAAAUGCUGAAUGAGAUAUGUCACCGCUGGCGAAUUCCACCCUUCUCCCGGGUCGUGAUGUUCCUCGAGGUGGCUCAGGCUAAAUUUGUUGACAAUGAGAUCGAUCUCACUACCCUUGACUCCGCAUUUACUUUUGUGAAAGAAAUUCCUUCGGGGGAGAACCGCAAACGCAUUAGCUUUGCGCCUUCCACGGUCUUUGAUCGGCGACGAUGGACCGUACAUGAUCUUCAAACAAUGCAAAUGCUGCUAUCCAAACUUCAUGAGGCUUUGCUCCGCGAGCUAUAUGAGGCUAUGAUGGACUGCUUUGAGGCAAAGCCACGCCCACUCGGUCCAAUUAUGUACAUUCUUGACACCCACGUCCAGAUGGACCCUAACUACAUUGAGGACCCUGAAGACAUCAAUCGAUUCAGCACGUAUGUGCAAGAAGGGCUUGCCGAAAAAGCAACAACAAAGUAUCAAAGCCUUCUUAGCCAACUAAUCCCCAUGGAACAAGAGGCUUGGGAUCCCGACCAUGUCAUUCAGCUUGGAGAUGCAAUCUCAAAGCUUGCGCUAAAGAUUCAAAAACGCUACCGCAAUAACCCGGAGAUCAUGGGUGUGAACCCCUAUACCACCUUGUGCCACAACGUACUCCCUAUGUUCGCCGAGGAUGUACAUGAAAUGAUCAUUAGGAUUCUAGAUCAGGCAAAAGCGAGGGGUGAGGAGAUCGCUAUUGACGACGGCUUCGACCUAUACAAGCAGCUCGCUACAAUCAGACGGUUAUUCCAUAACACCCAUGAGGAUGCUCCAUUCCCAUUCCAUGUCGAGGGUCUCCUUCAAGACUUCGUCUGGAGAUGGCUUCGUCUAACUGACCAAAAGAUCACUGAUUGGGUCAGCCAAGCUACAAGACAGGAUCCAUUCGCCAUUCGUUCAGAGCUUGCGCCUGAAGAUGAUCGUCAUAGUGUGUCAGUUAUUGACAUUUUCCGAUCUUUCAACCAAGUUGUUGAAAAUAUGGUGCAACUGGAGUGGGAUGAUGAUCUUCAAUAUGCGAAGUUCAUGACACAUCUCUCUAAUUCAAUUGGGAAAGGUGUGGCAACAUACUGUGACUCCUUAGAGAAGAUGUUCACGCGGGAGAUGGAUCGUCUCACGCCCGAGCAGGAGGCAGCAUUGAAUCAAACCACUCAGGAAAAGCUAAUGCAGUUUGCCAAAGACACCUGGACGAAUAAGGAAAAAAUCGAGCCCUUCCAAUUCUCGUCGGAGUCCCUGGUGAAAUUGAACAAUAUUGAGUACGCACUUGCUCAGCUCGACAAACUCGAAAGUGACAUCAACGUCGACGGGUGCGCCGAAGUCAUUGCAAAAAAUACUCCACCGCAACUCAAGAAGGUCCGCAAAUCUACCACCUAUGUCUUUACUAUCAAGGUAGUGGAGGCAGAGGACUUGAAAUCAUGCGACAUUGGUGGUGGCAGCGAUCCAUAUGUCGUCUUGACAGACGAAUAUCAGAAACGAAUUGCCAAAACCCGCAUCAUCUACAAUAAUCUUAAUCCACGGUGGGAGGAUGCAGUGGAUCUCACUACACAGGGCCCUCUGAAUAUCAUCGCUACCAUCUGGGACUGGGAUGCGGUGGGCGAUCACGACUAUGUUGGUCGCACGUCGAUCAAGCUAGAUCCUGUACACUUUAGUGACUUCUUGCCCAGAGAGUAUUGGCUCGACCUGGAUACCCAGGGUCGGCUUCUGCUCCGAGUCAGUAUGGAAGGCGAGCGAGACGAUAUCCAGUUCUACUUCGGCAAGGCUUUCCGUACACUCAAACGAACUGAAAGGGAUAUGACUCGAAAGAUCACAGAGAAGCUUUCGGCAUAUAUCAGUCACUGCCUUUCCCGGCGAACACUAAAGUCUCUGCUCUCUCGUGGACUCAGUAUAUCUAGUGUUUCGAGCUUCUUGAAUCGCAACCGAGCGCAACCAGCUCCUGCCGGACCCACCCCGGCAGAUGUUGAAAAUGCACUGACUCCCUUGUUCAAUUACUUCAAUGACAACUUCGCCAUCAUGAACAAAACCCUCACACCCGAAGCCAUGAAAAUGGUGAUGGCUCGCCUGUGGAAGGAAGUGCUCGCUACUAUCGAGAGUCUACUUGUACCACCUCUGUCGGAUAAGCCAUCCCAUCAGAAGCCAUUAACCAUUCAAGAAGUCGACAUCGUAUCACGCUGGCUCGUGUUACUACUGAACUUCUUCCAUGCGGUUGACGACGAAACCGGCGAAGCAAACGGCGUCCCAAUCGAUAUCCUGAAAUCACCCAAAUAUCAUGAAAUCCAGUCUCUGAAUUUCUUCUACUUCGAACCAACGGAGCACCUCAUUCGCACCUCCGAGCGCAUGGCUUCGGCGACUGUCAACCGCCAACAAGCGGCCCGCAACCGCAAUUCCGCGCCUGUUCACCUCGGCGCCACAGGUGCCGGCUACGGCGGCUUGGGUCUUCCUGCUGCCCGUCGCGCCAAGAGCAUCAUGCUCUCCCGCAAUCUGGGCACGAUGAGGAAAGCUAAGGAAGAGAAGCGGCGGGAGGCGCAAGCUGAUCCGAACGACGACAUGAUCCUGCGCAUUCUUCGCAUGCGCCCCGAAGCUGCCGGCUAUCUUCGCGACCGUAGUCGUCAGAAGGAAAGACUUGCUGCCGCUGCUGCUGCCGAUGCUAUCGUGAAACAGAGUCUGAUGGCCGGUGCUGGAAGCCGCAUGAGCGGUAUCAUCCCCCGUGGCAGGUGA